UGGGAGAAGUCUCCUUGGUUUGGAAAAAAAAAAAAAGGAAUCUUCAGCCUAGAUCACUUUCUUAUCCGGACUGGGAUAUUAAAUAUACGACACAUCCAGGAGUUUAUUGGAGCGCAGACUGAUGGCGCAAAGGUACGAUGAGCUGCCCCAUUACGGCGGGAUGGACGGAGUAGGGGUGCCUGCUUCCAUGUACGGAGACCCUCACGCGCCGCGGCCGAUCCCACCGGUUCACCACCUGAACCACGGGCCGCCGCUCCACGCCACGCAGCACUACGGCGCGCACGCCCCGCACCCCAAUGUCAUGCCGGCCAGCAUGGGAUCCGCUGUCAACGACGCCUUGAAGCGGGACAAGGACGCGAUCUAUGGGCACCCGUUGUUUCCUCUGUUAGCUCUGGUCUUUGAGAAGUGCGAGCUGGCGACCUGCACUCCCCGGGAACCCGGAGUGGCCGGCGGAGACGUCUGUUCCUCCGACUCCUUCAACGAGGACAUCGCGGUCUUCGCCAAGCAGGUUCGCGCCGAAAAGCCACUUUUUUCCUCAAAUCCAGAGCUGGACAAUUUGAUGAUACAAGCAAUACAAGUACUAAGGUUUCAUCUUUUGGAGUUAGAAAAGGUCCACGAACUGUGUGAUAACUUCUGCCACCGGUACAUUAGCUGUUUGAAGGGGAAAAUGCCCAUAGACCUCGUCAUUGAUGAAAGAGAUGGCAGCUCCAAGUCAGAUCACGAAGAACUUUCAGGCUCCUCCACAAAUCUCGCUGACCAUAAUCCUGCAUCUUGGCGAGACCACGAUGAUGCAACUUCCACCCACUCAGCAGGCACCCCAGGGCCCUCCAGUGGGGGCCAUGCAUCCCAGAGUGGAGACAACAGCAGCGAACAAGGGGAUGGUUUAGACAACAGUGUAGCUUCACCUGGCACAGGUGACGAUGAUGAUCCAGACAAGGACAAAAAACGCCAGAAGAAAAGAGGCAUUUUCCCCAAAGUAGCAACAAAUAUCAUGAGAGCAUGGCUCUUCCAGCAUCUCACACAUCCGUACCCUUCCGAAGAGCAGAAGAAACAGUUAGCUCAAGACACAGGACUUACAAUUCUCCAAGUAAACAACUGGUUUAUUAAUGCCCGAAGAAGAAUAGUACAGCCCAUGAUUGACCAGUCAAAUCGAGCAGUGAGCCAAGGAGCAGCGUAUAGUCCAGAGGGUCAGCCCAUGGGGAGCUUUGUGUUGGAUGGUCAGCAACACAUGGGAAUCCGGCCUGCAGGUUUGCAGAGCAUGCCAGGGGAGUACGUUUCUCAGGGUGGUCCUAUGGGAAUGAGUAUGGGACAGCCAAGUUACACUCCUCCCCAGAUGACCCCACACCCUACUCAGUUAAGACAUGGACCCCCAAUGCAUUCAUAUUUGCCAAGCCAUCCCCACCACCCAGCCAUGAUGAUGCACGGAGGACCCCCUUCCCACCCUGGAAUGACUAUGUCAGCACAGAGUCCCACAAUGUUAAAUUCUGUAGAUCCCAAUGUUGGCGGACAGGUUAUGGACAUUCAUGCCCAAUAGUAUAAGGGAACUCAAGGGAAAAGGAAACACACGCAAAAACUAUUUUAAGACUUUCUGAACUUUGACCAGAUGUUGACACUCAAUAUGAAAUUCCAGACAGCUGUGAUUAUUUUUUACUUUUUGUCAUUUUUCAUCAAGCAACAGAGGACCAAUGAGACAAGAACACAAAUGUGAAAUCAUGGGCUCACUGAGACAAUUCUGUCCAUGUAAAGAUCCUCUGGAAAAAGACUCCGAGAGUUAUAACUACUGUAGUAUAAACAUAGGAACUAAGUUAAACUUGUACAUUUCUGUUGAUCACUCCGUUAUGUUGCCUCAAAUAGUUUUAGAAGAGAAAAAAAAAAUAUAUCCUUGUUUUCCACACUAUGUGUGUUGUUCCCAAAAGAAUGACUGUUUUGGUUCAUCAGUGAAUUCACUAUCCAGGAGAGACUGUGGUAUAUUUUAAACCUGUUGGGCCAAUGAAAAAAGAACCAUGCUGGAGACCAUGGUGAACGUCUGGCUGAACCUCAUCCCUCGGACUCCGGCUUCAAGAAUGUGUUUUCAUGCCCGGCCUUUGUUCCUCCAUAAAUGUGUCCUUUAGUUUCAAACAGAUCUUUAUAGUUUGUGCUUCAUAAGCCAAUUCUUAUUAUUAUUUUGGGGGACUCUUCUUCAAAGAGCUUGCCAGUGAAGAUUUAAAGACAGAGCAGGGGCUUCUUCCAGGAGUUCUAAGCCUUGGCUGUGGACAAAACAGUCUUAAGUUGGGCAGCUUUCCUCAACACACAAAAAAAGUUAUUAAUGGUCAUAGCACCACAACUAGGACUUUAUCCGAGACUCGAAGCUUGGAGGAUAAAAAGGAGCAAGAGAAUACUGUAACAAACUUCGUACAGAGUUCGGUCUAUUAAUUGUUUCAUGUUAGAUAUUCUAUGUGUUUACCUCAAUUGAAAAAAAAAAAGAAUGUUUUUGCUAGUAUCAGAUCUGCUGUGGAAUUGGUAUUGUAUGUCCAUGAAUUCUUCUUUUCUCAGCACGUGUUCCUCACUAGAAGAAAAUGCUGUUACCUUUAAGCUUUGUCAAAUUUACAUUAAAAUACUUGUAUGAGGACUGUGACGUUAUGUUAAAAAAAAAAGGUGUUAAGUCACAAAAUGCGGUAAUAAAUAUUUCAUUUUUGAUUUU